AUGGAUGCCAGCAGCGUGUCGGUGCUGUGGUACAGGAGGUCAAAGCCCCUGGGGAAGGUGAGGCGGCGAGUUCAAGACCUCCGCAUCCCUUCCUUCUCUUGCUAUGACUUCAUAGCCAGCAGACCCGAGUUGGACCUGAGCCACAACGAGAGCUCUCGGCUGGCAGUGGACUCCCUGCUCAGCCGGGGCUUAGAGGGAUACCACGAGGUGUUGAACGCAGAGGAAGAAGUGGACUUUCUGUCAGAGCUGGAGAAGAGUUACAUCCUGGAAAAUGGAAGGGAUGGCCACACAGCUGAUCCUGGUGCAUGUGAUGGUAACAAAGAGUUCGAUAGCCUGUCUGCUGGCUCCCAGUCUGCCACACGAUGUCCGUCAGUGUCCACAGACAGCGUUUCUAUGGUGGACCUGAGAUUCCCAAAAGAUGUGAAGAGGACUGAUUCUGUCCUGGAGGAGCCCGUCGCUGAGGUUUAUUUCCAGUCUGACAUCAGAGCAGCCGGAAUGAAAGACCUGGUCAGAGGCUUCAUCAGAAAGGCUGGAAUGGCCCUGGCCAUCGUGAUGGACAGCUUUAGUGACAUAGAGCUGCUUUGUGAUCUUCUGGAAGCGACCAGGAAGAGAAAUGUUUCUGUUCAUCUGCUGCUGGAUCAUCUCAACCUGAACCUGUUUGUCAGCAUGUGGCAGGACCUCAAACUCAACAGCAAAAACUUCCCUAAACUGUCAGUACGCAGUGUGGACGGUCAGACCUACUGUUCCAGGACAGGCAGGAAGCUGACUGGUCAGAUUGCUGAGAAUUUUAUCAUCACUGACUGGACUGAGGCGCUGACUGGCUCAUACAGUUUCUCCUGGCUGUCCUGGCAGGUCCAUCGUAGUCUAACUGUUCUUGUAAAGGGCAGUGCGGUCAUACCUUUCCAUCAGGAAUUCCUCAGGCUAUACGGCAGCUCCAAACCACUCCCCGGCUUUGCCACUUUUAUCACCGUGCCUCACACUCUCCCUCUUUACACGCCCACAACAAUGUGCCACAGGGCUCAGAAUGAAGAUGCUCAAAACAUUCAGACAAAAACAAAAAUGCCAUCAAAUCUACAGAGCGCAGAAUUUGAGUGCAAUACCCAGCCUCUACACACAGCAGGCACUGGCGAGGCCACCACCAAGAUUAAACUGGAUACCCCAGAGUUGCACAGAAAGACCCAAACCUGUGGCUCGCCACAGCUCUUUCCACAUCACCUACGGGACGGACAGACAGGUGGGCUGGAGGCCGUGUCACACCGGAAUGAAUACCUCAUUAGGAAGAAGCAAGAGCAUGACUGA